AUGCCGGCAGGGACGCCCAGAACAGAGUCUCUCUACGACGAAUCGACCCCUUGGUUCUCUCUACCCAAGAGAAACCAAAGACUGUCGAAGCGACCAAGUAUAUCACCAACUGAAAACCAACGAGGAGUCAGGGCAUUGGCUGCCAAGUUCGAAGGUGGCAAACCGAGUGAAAGGUCACCGACACCACCAAGUAGCGCCACUAAAACUCAAGCUCUCAUCUCACAGUUUUCUCAAGAGCCUUCAACGAGGGGUGUACGGUCUAGAUCAGUAUCAGUCUCGGUUCGACGCAGCAUCCCUCAUGACCCAGUGAACCAGAACGUAUCGCCUUCUCGCAAUUCAUCAGCCGCGCCAAAUGCAGUUGGCGAUGGGAUCAGUGGACAAGAUUUGCGAGUUUCAAUUGGGGAAGAAGCAGCAAUAAAGGCAAUUGAACUUCAACAAGCAGACAAAGAGCGAAAGCCUUCACCAAGCUUUCAUGGACAGCCAGAGACUUUGACUCUGCGGCAGACAGUCCCGCGAAGGAAACCGGUCCCAGCAGAAAACGGCAUAGAGGCGUCGCUCAAGAAUCCUGGGAGCCUUGGGACAAUGAUGCCGUAUCCCGAACAACCUCCUAUCGCUCAGCAUCUCAAUUUUGUGCGCCCAUCUUCCACAAUUGAUGCACAGGGCACUGAUACACUGGCGGUUCCUUACAACACCGUUACCCCUAUUCAACGCCCUGGAAGCACCACCACUCUUCAUACACAGAUCCGGAAUCUCCAGCGACGAUUAGACCUCAAGACGGAAGAAGCAGUCCAAUUAAGAAGGCAGCUUGAGGUACAAGAAGACGCAGACAUUAGUACAUUGAGUCAACAACUACGAGAAGCCAAGAGGGAGGCACAGAUGUGGAAAGAGCGUGCCGAAAGCGCAGAGCGGAGGAUCAAAGUAUUCGAACGAUUCAUAGCACGACUGAAAGGAAUACAAGUGGCUGGAGAAACUGCUGACGGCAAGGCCACCACAGGAAAGACGAUUGCUGGAUCAGAGUAUCUGCAGAAUGCAGAACAAGACAACACUGCUUUCCUGGAGAAUGCCAAUGGAUAUGAGAGUGACAGCUCAGGAGCAGAAGAUGCGAGGGUUGUUUCUGCACGAAUGCAGAGUUGUCUUGAUGGCUUGACCGAUGCGCCGAGCGAUUUCUCGCAGACUCACACGAGAGAACGAGACAUUAGCCCAGGCGACGCAGAAAUUUGGAUGGCGGCACAGAAUUUACUGGAUAACGAAGGUCAGGUGCAAAUUGACGGUGGCGGAAGUGCGAAAUAA